AUGGCAACAUGGCGACGCCCCAUUACGUUGAUAUAUGGAAAUGUCCUGCACCGGUCAGUAGCUGCCCGCACGGCAGCGGUUUCUGACUUGUCAACACUUCUACCCGUCGUUCUGUGCGGCUCAAAGCGAGGCGUAAAACUAUCGAAUCCAAUAGGUAAGCAAGGUAGCCAACAUUACGGUACAGAACCAAAACUGGAGGCAGGAAAGGAUGUACAAAUUAAGCAUACCGAAAUGUAUGAUGGCUACACCGAUGACUUCGGUGUCUUCAAGGAAGGCCCGCCCAUGACGCUUCGACUGGAAUACGUGCGGUCCCCAGACCAUGGUUUUUCGCAGCAACUUUUGCAGAAGGAUAUUUGGUCUCCAUUUCAGGUGAAUGCAAAUAUGAUGAUAUAUACACCCCUGUAUUACGAUUGGCAAGGGUUUUCCAGCCGCGAUUACUGGGGGCACCGCUCGGGAACGAACCCAGGAAGUAAAGUGGUGAUGGGACAUUACCGCCGUGUGGAGGAACGCUCUUGGGGGUAUAGAAUUAUGGUGAAUCACAAACCACAAAAACGUGUCCCCAAAUGGCUUGCGUGCAUUGUGCACCUGCCAAGGAAAAAGAAGUUUGUUGGUUUCUUCCUUUACGCUAAUGGUGCGUACGUUGCUGAGCUUCUUACGUACAAGCAGCUUCCACGAAUAUGUUACAACAAACGAUCUAGCAGCGGUUUACCGACGAUAGGGCAAACUGUAUCGCUUAGUGAAGUGACUUAUGGCAAGGAACUGCACUCGGUUGAGAUGUACCCCGGCCACGGAGGUGUCAUUUGCCGUGCAAGUGGCGCCGCGGCGGUUGUGCUGCGUGGCGCGGAACCCAAUCUUGUUCCAUUACUCCUUCCCUCCAAGGAGGUGCGUCUCUUUGAUAAUGAGUGUCAUGCGGUGUUCGGUCGUCGGGCAGGUGUGAUGUAUCGCUACCAGCGAAACUUCGGUAAGAGGAACGUGGAGGAGUAUAUGCCCCACCGACCGAAAGUACACUCCAAAACAAAAAGGGUUUCCAGUCACCCUGCUGGUGGAGGUAAUGGUGGUUCUUCAAACUUGUUGGUGCCGUUAGACUGGCGGAUCCACCCGCGCAAUUGCGUCAAGACGAAAUAUUGGCUGUCAGGUUACAUUCUACGAGGUAGACAGUACAAUAAAGGUCAGACGGUGGCGGACAUUAAAUCAAAGACAUACAGUUGGGCUAAUCGGGAUCCUGUUUACAGGUAA